AUGGCAUGCUGCGGAGCCUCAUUGACUCCUCUGGCCCAACAUGCAAAGUCUUUGCAUACCAGCCGAGCUGAUGGUGUUCCCAUGCAUUUCCCCAUGUACACGGUUUCUCUGGACACUUUGCUGGAGAUGACCAAGGUCGAACCUCACGAAGUGCUGAAGGCCAAAGACAUGCUGGUGGACUUUAAAGGGUCCAUGGGCAAAGCCGCGUUUGUUUCGCACCAGUGGGUCGCCCCGAACCACCCCGACCCAGAGUUCAAGCAGAUGAGGGUGUUGCAGGGGGCACUCCAGGAGAUGAAGAUGGGCAACUUGCAACGUAUACCUGUGGAACUUGUUUCAGAAGCCGCAGAAGGACAUGUAAAGCCCUUGCCAACAUCACGGCUUCUGUCUGAACCUUUAUUUUUCUGGUAUGACUACUUUUCUUGCCCGCAGAAGGAUCGGGUGAGUCGAAGCAUGACAUCGCUCUUCUCUCCUGAGGGCGAAUCUGGAAGCAAGCUGCUGGAUGCCAUCAACAGCAUACCAGCCUACGUGCAAGAGAGUUCCUUCUUCUUUGGUCUUGUGCCGGUAUUAGAAAAUCCGCACUCAAGCAACUUGAUCACGCCUCUGACGUGGCAGUCCCGAGGAUGGUGUCGCCUUGAGAGAACAUGUGGAGAACUCGCUCAGCAACACUCCUGCAUCAUGGUGAAAAGCCCCAAAGACGUUGAGCUCAUGGCGGGUACUUGUGCAUUCCUUCGCGCCGGAUGUGGUCCGGUGGGCGAGGGCAUCUUCACAGUGCCGCAGGAUCGCUUGAAGCUUGGACCAGUCCUCGUGGCAGCAGUGAAACGCCGAAUGCUGAGCUUGCUCAGAGCCCAGGACUUGCCGGGGUACCGUGCAUUGUUGAACCAGCAGCACAUCUUGCUCAGAGGAAUGACCUGCGAAGCUGCGGAAGCUUUUUUGGAGAUGGAAGACCCGAAGCCUGCUUGCGAGGACUCCUGGGGCUCCUCGCUUGUCAGGAGCUUCUUCCACCAGAACGGCUUCCGCAACGUUUGGGAGACCGACUCUGGUGGCUGGUCGCCUCUACACUACGCUGCCCUGAAAGGGGAGCCGUUGCUUGUGGAAGAGCUGCUGAAGAUCCGGGCAGACCCGAACCAAGGAAGCAAGAAAGUCCACCCGGCCAUCGGACAACCUGCUGGGACUCCACCCUUGUCCAUUGCCUGCAUUUUCAAGAACAAUGAGGCCGCGAAGCUCUUGAUCUCCGCAAAAGCAAGAAUUGCAAGUCGUGGGUUUGUUCGUGGCCCUUUCAACUGUGCAGCCCAUGCAAACAACACAGAGGCCAUCCAGAUUCUUUGCCAUGCUGGGUGCAGCCCGGUUCAGACGAAUCUCUUUGGCAUCAGUGUCAUGGAUGGUGCUGCCUAUCAUGGGGCACUGGAAGCCAUGCAUGAGCUUCUUUCACAGAGCACUGCAAGUGCCCUGAAUCCAACUUCUGCCCUCUACAAUGCAGCGAUGGGGGGCGGGAGUGCUGAUGUGGUGCAAUUGCUGCUGGAAAUGAGGGCAGACAUGAAUGCACAGACAGAUGAACACUGGAAGCGAACAGCAAUGAUUCGGACCUUAUACAAAGUCAAGGUCCUGCAACACCGGCUCGGCAAGGUCACCAUGGUAAGCAAGAUUUUAUACCACGCCAAGGGCGCGACUCCUUUGAUGAUCGCUUUACUGACUGGGCAGCACGAAUGCGCUUCAGCUUUGAUCGCUGCAGGAGCAGAUUUGACUCCACGGAACUCGAGGGGAUGGACUGCAGCAGACUUCUUACAAGGGCAUUCCGCGCCAGAGUUCUUGCGCGAGGCUUUUGAAGGAAGAGUGGAGGCAUGCCAGAGGGUGUCACAACUGUCGCGUGGUUGGGUCCAACUGGAACUCUGA